AUGGCCGACUCUUCUCGCCCCGCGCGGCCAUCUCUCGGCCAGAUGCGCAGCAGCUCGUUCCUACAGGACCACCAGCAGUACAAGCCCCCCAUCCCCAUCACCCAGAACAUUGGCGAGGUGCUAGGCAACCAGCUCGACGAGAAACUGGCCGUCACGAACCCGAUCAGCCCCGAUCCGGAGAAGGUCACCGACAGUGGCAUUAUCCACAGUAUCUUCAACCACCAAGCAAACCCGCUGCCCAGCGGCACGCCGCGGGUCGUCGCGACCAUCUUCUACAAGGCCGCCCAUCCGGUCCACCCGCACCUCCACCCCGAUGUGCCCUCCAACGUUACGUUCGGCGACAAGCUGCAGUCGCCCAGAGUGCCCGAGGGUUCCGCACCGACGGACGACAUGGAAAAGAUCCCGCGCGAGCCGCCUGCCCCGGAGCCCGAGCCUCUGGACCACUUGUACGGGCCAUUCGUGUCGCAGCUGUGCUUGACCAAUUUCCUCCAGAUCCUCGAAACGCUGCCCACCCCCUACCAGCGCAUGAACACGUCGCACCGAUGUCUCGACCGUGAUGACCAGCCGCACGUCGUCGAAGUCACCUUCUCGCCGCCGCCCAACCCCGAAUAUCUGCCCUUUGACGAUCUGCGCAAGCAUGAGAAUAUCUGGCGGUUCGAGCGUGAGUGGAACGUCGAGGUCGUGCUACAACGGGAGAGUGUCUUUCGCCGGCAUAAGCGGCUGGCCGUAUUCGACAUGGACAGCACCCUGAUCCAGAACGAGGUCAUUGACGAAAUCGCCAAGUUCAUUGGUGUCGAGAAAGAGGUUUCCGAAAUCACGGAGCGCGCCAUGAAUGGCGAACUAGAUUUCUCCGCCUCGUUGAAGGAGCGUGUUGGCCUUCUCAAGGGCGUCCCGGCCGACGUUUUCGACAAACUCAAGUCCGUCCUGACGAUCUCCCCCGGCGCGCGCGAGCUCUGCCGAGCCUUGAAAGUGUUGGGGUACCGGAUCGCCGUGCUGAGCGGCGGUUUCCAGCCACUGGCCGAGUGGCUCGCCGAGCAACUCGGCAUUGACCAUGCAGUCGCCAACCACCUGGAAAUCGACCCAACCUCCCAGACCCUCACCGGGAAAUUGGUCCCGGGCUACCCCAUAAUCGACGCAACUCAGAAGCGCUCCUUGCUCAAAUCCAUCGCUGCCGAGAACAACAUCCCCAUCGCGCAGACCAUGGCUGUCGGCGACGGCGCCAACGAUCUCCUAAUGCUCCAUGCUGCAGGCCUCGGCGUCGCCUGGCGCGCCAAGUCGAAGGUGCAGCUCGAGGCGCCCACCCGCCUCAACGGGGAGAGCCUGAUCGAGAUCCUCCAUCUUCUUGGCCUGGGCAAGCAGGAUAUCAAGGAGUUGAUCUCGGAACAGAAGUAG